UUCAUCCAUUUUACAAACAUUUCCAGGCUGCAAUGGGAGGGCUUUACCUCUCCUUGAAGGAUGAAUAAAUAGUGACAACCUGUACAGUGAAACAAGGCCCCGCUCUACUGGUACUGAGCAGACUCAACAUGGAGAGGACAGUUAUCUGUCUCAUGGUCAUUUUCUUGGGAACAGGGGCCCAUAAGCCAAGUUCCCCAAGGCCUGACCGCCUCAUGAUCAGAAUGAAUCAACUUAUAGACAUUGUUGACCAGCUGAAAAACUAUGUGAAUGACUUGGACUCUGAAUUCCUGCCAGCUCCACAAGAUGUAAAGGGACACUGUGAGCAGUCAGCUUUCUCAUGUUUUCAGAAGGCCAAACUUAAGGCAGCAGAUAAAGGAGAAAAUGGGAAGAUAAUCCAAGGAUUCAUCAAACAGCUGAAGAGGAAACUACCUCCGACAAAAGCAGGGCAAAGAGAGAAACAAAAACUUAUAUGUCCUUCAUGUGAUUCUUAUGAGAAAAAACCCCUCAAAGAAUUCCUCGAAAGACUGAAAUCUCUUCUCCAAAAGAUGAUUCACCAGCGUCUGUCCGGGAGCCCUGGGGCGUGAGGAUGGUUGGGGAUUUCACUGCAGUUGGACACUAUACUACAGACUCUAACACAGCCUGAAACUCACCUCUCCUAUUCCAAGCAGAGAAGUCCAAUGUAUGCAGAAAGUAUGCAAAGUUAGGAUUCUCUCUCCAAUUAUGAUAUGGUACUUUACUUUAUGCUGUUUGGUCAUUUUGGAAAAACUUUCUAAUCAGCUGGAGUCUGAAUUCUUGUUAUGGACCAUU